AUGGAUACAGAUAUAAGGUGUGAUGGGCGAGAGCAGCCCUCAGGGAGAAGAUGGCACCUAACGCCCUUAAUACGCCGCCUGGGUCGAUCUGGCAAUGGCAGAGGAGUGAUGGAAGGGGCACCACUUACCCAGGAGGUGUCUGCCAAGCUUUCCAGUAUACAUUACCUCAACAAAGACUUAGUAAGUGAACGUUGUAAUGUGUUCAAGUCCAUCUCAAAUUCAAAUCAUAAAGAACUAUGGGUCUACUCUGCUCAUGACUGUGCCUCUGUCCUCAAAAGUUUCCUGGCUGACCUACCUGAACCUCUGCUGACAGAAGCACACUACUCAAUCCAUUGUAAAAUUGCAGAAAUGCACCAAUCACAUAUGAGUCAAGAACAAAAGGAGGCAGCACAAAGUCGUCAGAUUAAGGCCCUUCGUCUCCUGUUCCUGCUUCUUCCGUCAGAAAAUUAUCAGCUGUUGCAGGACCUCCUCAUUUUGCUCAACCGAGUUGCAGCGCACAAGGAGCAAAAUCUAAUGUCAGCCAUCAAUCUUGGAACGAUGUUUGCUCCUCACAUUUUGUGUCCAAGAAAAAUGGCUCCCAAUGACUUGCAAUAUCUCUCAGGCACCCUAAGCACGUCUGUUGCCUUCAUGAUAGAAAACCAACCACAGCUCUUCAAGGUACCCCUAGAACUGGAGUAUGAUGUACGCCAGUACUGGAACAACAAAAAGAAAAUGAAGCACCAGUUAUCAAAGCGGUCAAUGAUGGAUGCCCCAACCAACACCAUAUUCACUUUCAUCGACCGUGAACUGACUGCACAGGCCAAUGACAAAGAUGUUACUGAGGUGGCUCUUGCUGAGCUCUAUGCCUAUGUGCAGUCCCUUCCAGACUCUGCCAAAAAGCGUAGAUUAAUCAAGCAAUUUAACCAUGCAAGUGGUUCAGGCACUCCACAGUUAAACCAAAGUUUUCUAAAGAGGCAAGAGGCUCGUGGGAAGCGGCUGGGAGACUCCAUAAAGAAACAUCUUUUCCACAAGAAUGUCAAAAAUACCAAGAAUAAGUCCCAGCCAUUUUCCUCGGUUGGCUCUGUGAGAGUUAAACGAACCAACAGCGAAGACUUGCUUAGUAGCCCCUCCACCAGAUCCCCAGAGCUGCGUAUGUUCCGUCGCAAUGCCGACACUGGCACACCAGAUCGGUUAAGAGCCAAGUCCUUAGAUGAUUUGUCCUCACCCAGUAAUGAAUACCUCUCGUCUGGAAGAACCAAAUGAUCAUUCACCCUGCCUUCCUUACUAAAACCCAUCGUUUGGGCUCUAAAAAACCCUUAUCCAUUUCCCUACGAGGGGACUUUAUCAAGGAGCGACACUAUUCUGCCUCCUCAGACCAAGAUUCAGCCAGUGAGCCCCUC